AUGACCCAGCCUUCGGAUACUGAAAAUCUGGGUAGCUUCCCCGGCCUACCUCCUUUCCCAGACGACGUCGCCACGGCACCGCUUCUUCGGCUAUCACUGGGGAAGUUGUUAGCCGGGGACCUAGCAGAGUACGAGCGACUAUUCGAGGCAUCUGUCGAUAUUGGAUUCUUCUACCUCGACCUUCAAGAUUCAGAACAGGGGGAAUCGCUCCUCGACGACGCAGAUGACCUCUUCCGGGUUGGAGAAAGUUUGUUCGAGCUGCCACUGGAAGAGAAAGUGCUGUAUGAUUUCAGCAAGCAGAACUCAUAUUUUGGGUAUAAAGGCCAAGGAGUGUCAGUAGUCGACAAGGAUGGAAAUCUAGAUCGAAAUGAGUUCUAUAACGUCUCCAAGGAUGACAUUAUGGGUAUAUCGGAGCAGCUGCCAGCACCGGAUAUCUUGCACAAUAGCAGAGCAAAGCUGAGCUCGUUCAUGAAAGGCUCACAUACCAUCGUGUCUCUCAUCCUGCAAGUUUUGAAUGACAAACUAGCGUUGCCAAAAGAUUCCCUCGCCAAUCUACAUCGUCUCCAGGAGGUCGGUGGCGAUCAAGUUCGCUUUAUAAAAGCCCCGCCUCAACCUAUAGACGACAGACGCACAGCACUGGGCCAGCAUACCGAUUUUGGCAGUGUCACGGUUCUCUUUAAUCGGCUGGGCGGACUGCAGGUUCUACCACCGGGCGAGGACGCAGAGUGGGUGUAUGUGCGGCCACUACCUGGUCAUGCAGUGGUGAAUCUAGGUGAUGCGAUGGUCAAGUUCACCAAUGGUUUGUUCCGGUCGAAUAUUCAUCGUGUCGCCGCACCGCCGGGUAUCCAGGGAGACUCGACACGAUAUAGUCUUGUCUAUUUUGCACGGCCGGAGGAUAGCGUUAUGCUACGGCGGCUGGAUGGGUCGGGUUUAAUCCCGCCUCUUGCAGAUGGUCAGACCGAGGAGAAGAUUAAUAGUAAAGACUGGAUUAUUCGGCGGGCCCUGGGGCGACGCGUGGACUUGGUUAAGCCUGAGGAUAUUGAUUAUGAGAAGUCAGCCGGUACGGAGCAGUUGAGUCGGAGGAUUAAAGUCUGA